AUGUCUUCAUUACACGAGGAUACCUACAAGGAGGCCGAGAAACACAUGGAGGAUGUUGAUCAACCUUAUCUUGGAGAUAACGUUGAUAGACAUCUUGCUGUCCAAGUUCCGGAAUCCCUCAGAGGAUUAAGUGAGGAUGAAAUAGCCAAGAUCGACAAAGCAGCGACGAGAAAGAUCGAUAUCUUACUUAUGCCAACCCUGGUAGCUCUUUAUAUCUUGAACUAUCUCGAUAGACAGAACAUCUCCUCGGCCAAGAUUGCUGGUAUUUCAAAAGACUUGGGCUUGACUACUACAGACUACAACACUGCCGUAUCAGUCUUGUUCGCCGGUUAUGUCUCGCUUCAGGUUCCCUCAAACAUGUUGGCUUCGAAGAUUGCUUACCCUGGUAUCUAUAUCUGUAUCAUGUGCGCCGUCUGGGGUGUCAUCUCCGCUUGUACCGGUGCCGUCCACUCUUUCGCCGGUCUCGCUGUCUGUCGAACUUUCCUUGGGUUUGCUGAAGCGGCCUUCUUCCCCGGUGCCGUCUACCUCGUCUCCACCUUCUACACCAAGCGAUCCAUGGCCUUGAGAACCGCAAUCUUGUACAGUGGUUCGCAGAUCGGUAACGCCUUUGGUGGUCUCUUCGCGCUUGCGAUCUUGGAACUCGAUGGCGCACACGGAUUGGAGGGCUGGAGAUGGUUGUUCAUCGUUGAAGGUGUAUUGACUGUGGGCCUCGCCGCCAUCUUCGCCACAUUCAUUCCUAACAAACCUCAAACUGUUCGAUGGUUGACUCCUCAAGAGAGAGACCGACUUCAAUACCGAUUAGAGCUUGAUAGAGGGUCCAAAGAUGCUACCGAUGAAGUCUCUGUCUGGACUGCAUUCAAGAUGGCAGUUACCGACCCAAAGACUUGGCUCUUGUGUGCUUGUCUCCAGGCAAAUUACAUUGCUGCCAGUGUCACGAAUUUCUUCCCCGUUGUGGUCAACACCCUUGGGUUUAACCGAACAAUCACCCUUGCCAUCACCUGUCCUCCAUACGUGCUUUGUUGCAUCGCAGUCAUCGUCAAUGGUUGGCACUCUGACAAGAAGAGCGAACGAACCCUUCACAUCAUCGUUCCCUUCAUUUUCACUGUUCUCGGUAAUAUCAUUGCAGUCGCCACCACAAACGUUGCAGCACGAUACUUCGCUAUGUGUAUCCUCCCUUCAUCCUUCUACUCUGCGUCUAUCGUCAUCCUAUCUUGGAUUUCUUCGUCGGUGACUGGACCAGCCGUCAAGAGAGCCAUCGUUUACGCCGUGAUCAAUGCGCUCUGUAACACUCCCAACAUCUGGACUUCUUACUUGUACUUCAACGCUCCCAAAUACACCGCCGCUUUCGGUGUAGACCUCGCAGCCUCAGUGCUGUUGAUCAUUGCCGCAGCAAGCACCCAUCUUUACCUCAAGAGACAAAAUGCUAGACUUGAAAGAGGUGAAGAUACCGGAAAACACGGUCCAUCGGCUGUACAAAUCGAAGCUGGCUUCCGAUACCAGCUCUAA